CUGGGGUAUGUGCACGAGCAUGCUUGGAGCAGGGGUGAAAAAAACUAGGGUGGGCUAAAUCAGACACACAAACAUAGUUAGCAGUAGGAGGGGCGGCUCUGGGGCAUCCUGCAGUUGCUCGGUGACACUCAGGAGCAGUAGGACCCUUGGGAAAAAUCUACACUUUCCCUUUGGCUUUAAAAUAAUAAGAUUUGACUGUUGGGAUUGAACCGGAGUUUAUUUGGAUUUAUUUUGUCACAGUGUGGCUCCUGAAAGACCGAUCAGGAGAUCGAAUUGAUUUAACUGCUGUGCCACUGGGUGCAGCCAUAUGUUUUGGCCAUCGGGUGUCUGGAUGUGUGAGAACUGGGGGAGCAAGAAGAGUGACUGACGAGAAGAGACAAAAUCUAACACAGCAUUUGUUCAUGGUGACACAAGACAAGGAGACAUGUCGAGGCCCUCUUCCACCCAGACCACUCCUCAGUUCUACAGGGUCAGCGACAGAGAUCUCACCGAGAUCGAGCUGCAUUCUGUCGAUUCCAUCAACGACCUCCACCGAACACACCCCGAGCACAGCCACAAAGGAAUGAGACCUCCUCGUCCGGCGUACACACCUUCGUCAAAUGGGAACAUUUAUACCUGCGACACAACAGCGGCCAAUCAAAGAGGCCACCCAGGCAGCAAAUCCUGGCAGAGCCGACUGCAGGACAUGCUGAUGCCAAGUUCAUCCCGGGCCUAUGCCAUGGGCUGUGCUAUUAUCACUUUGCUUCUGCUCACAGUGUUACUAAUUUUUUACUUCUUAGUCCAGCAGGGCGGUGCAAUACGGAUGCUGAUGGAGGCAGUGAGAGAAAAAGAGGCUGCGGCCACAGAGCUGUCACUGCUGAUCCAAGAGCUGCAUGCACUGAGGCACAACCUGACAGCCAAGAGAGUGGCAGGAGGGACGUGAGGAAGAUACGCACAGAAAACAAAACACCGGCAGCGUUUUCAGAUUAUUACCGUAGAAAUAUGAGAUUGGAGUUUUCUGAAAACCAACUUCUAGGUUUACUAGGAUUAUUUGAGAAGGACUUUUAAAUAAAGCUUUUGUUUAAUGGUGGCAGUGAAGGGAAGUGGUUGAUCUCACAUUGCUUGAAAUAAUGUCAGACCAUUAUGUCAUUGCCACUGUGUCUAAAAAUGUACAAGCUGUUUUUAUACUGUGCUGUCAGUCGUUUUGGGUGACUCGCUAUGGGCAUCACAGGAAACACAUGAAGUACAAAUGCUGUGGACGGCCAGAAAAUUAAAUGGACUUCUGAUUUCAUCAACUUUGCCAAGUAUGUAUUUGAAAGAGUGACUGGGUACAUGUAUAGUUAGGUGUUUUCACCAAGUCGUUUAUUUAGUUUUCUGUCGUUCAUGAUGAUGUUUGAUGGGAUUUUUCAGUCAGAUUUAAUGUACACAUGUCAAGUUUUAAAUUUGUCUUUUCUUCCAUGGUAACAAGACACUAUUUUACUAUUGGUUAAAAAAAAUAUCUUGCAACAGUAAAACAGUAAAACAAAAUGAUCCUGUUGUUUGGUUGUCAUUACACUUUAGUCUUCCUAUGCAAUGUCCAUUAGAGUCAAAUUUAAGUACAGGUCCCGUUGAUGUAGCCAAACACAGUUUCUUUUCUUCCUUUCAUUUAUGACAAGAUAACUAAAUCUUAACUCGGCCACAGAAACAGCCAAAAAGUCUAAACAACUGAAAGACCACAGGUGACAAUUAAAGUGCAUGAUGGCAGAAUUAUCUCCAUGGAUACCAACUUCACAACCUCUGACCAAGUCAUGAACACUCGAGGAGGUAGGUGUAUCAUUGUUAAAGUUUACAAUCAAGAGAUGACUCCAUAAAUAGGAAUGCAAAGGAUUUACAGCAAGGUGUUAAUCACUGGUUACACUGGAAAACAGGAAGGGCAGAGAAGAUUUAAAAAUUUAAAAAAAAAAACCCUUUGGACUAAUGAAAUUAAAAUGAACUUGGACCACACUGCUCAAAACUGUAACUUCCAUUAGUAGUAUUAUUAUCCCCAUGAACUCAUAAACUGACAGCACCGUAACAAAAAA